ACUGCGUUUUAUUCUGUUAACACUUUCUCUAAACCCUUUAACGCUCUAUUUAUAAACAUUCUCUCUUAAGGAGACUCAUACACCUUACAGCCCAGAAGAUCUUCGAGUAUGGGAUUGUUGCAAGAAUUUGGAUAACUUAUUUAUUUUAAAAGCAAUUACUUCCAACUUUUUACAGUUAAAGAACUGACAAAAUGAAACGCACGGGUCCCGAUAGCCUCAACAGUUGGAUUAUAGCUGUGGCGUGCUGUUUCAUCAACAUGAUGAUGUAUGGGAUGGCCCGAUUAUCGGGGGUACUUUUUGUAGCUUCUGUGCCCCGUUUCGGUGUCGGACGAGAAGAAGCAUCUUUCCCAUAUACUUUCGCCAAUUUUAUGAGAAACACAUCAGGUCCGUUAGUGGGAUACCUUGGACACAAAUUUGGCGUUAGAUUAGUGACUACAAGUGGAUGCUUACUUGGAGCAAUAGGAAUUGCUGCUUGCUAUUUCGCUGAAAGUAUACCUAUUGUUACAGUACUUUGGGGAACCCUAUUCGGUCUUGGAUUUGGAUUAGGGAAUAUUCUUUUGCCAGUAGCCAUUAAUCAAUAUUUUGACAAGAACAGAGCUACAGCAUCAGGAAUUUCUUUCUCUGGAGCUUGCUUGGGGUCAUUUAUUUUACCUCCAAUUGUCGAAAUAUUGCUCAACACAUAUGGUUUGUCAGGAACAUAUCUUUUCCUAGCAGGAUUCGUUCUGAAUUGUGUGCCGGCUGCCUUGCUUUUAAAGAAACCAAAUUGUAUAAUUACCACUGCAAAAUCUAAAAGUCAAUUACAAAGUGUUGAAGAAGAAAAACAGAGCAUUAUAGCUGGUAAAAAGGUCAAACUCUACACGGUAGAAAAUAACUCUGAUAAUUUAAUACCUGUCCAAGAAAAGAAUGUAUCACUUCAUGGUGUAAAUAUUAAAGAACUGCAGCAAUCAUCUGCCACAGAUGAUAUUUCAGACCAACAAAAUAAAAUUUCAAAUCCUGUCAUGACUUAUGACGAAAGAAUAAAGCUAUUAUCAACUCAGACUCUCCUUUCCGAUUAUUCCAUUCAUAUGAGUACAUCCGAAACAUUAAAAUUUGAUGAAAUCAUUAAAAACAGCAAAGGAAGAAGGCAAAUGGAUCCAGCUAAUCUAGAAUGUGAAGUAAGCAGUACUGACUCUCAAAAUUUGGAUUCUGAGAGAUAUGAAAUAUUUCAUAAAAAUUCACAAAUCUCGCUUUAUUCCGCAAAUCAUAAUGUCAAAGAAAAUUCAUCGGAUAGCUAUUUUCGAACUUUAAGGUCUUUAUCAAUGGGCUCAGAUUUUUCAUCGCCCAAAAAUAAUUCCGAUUUCCGUCCAACAAACAGUUAUAAUGAAGCUUAUUACAAUUCUAGCUAUCAGAAGGAUUUUGAUGAACGACUACGUGAAUAUAUAGCGCCACAAAAGUCUCUGUAUGAAACAUCUACAUCUUUCACUCCAACGAUAUUAUCGGAUUCAGAAGGAUCCGAACAGAAAUCAGCAUUAGAAUCCUUCAGUAUUAUAUUUGAUCCUAUUUUUGUUCUUAUCGCAAUCACAAAUGCAAUAUAUUGUUUUACCUUUGUUUGUAUGAUUACCGUAAUUGUAGACUUCGCAAGAGAUGUUGGAAUUGGUACAUCAAAUGAAAAAUAUGUUUUAAUGUCUCUUUCAAUUGGUGAUCUUAUUGGUCGCCUUUUCCUUGGUAGAAUAACUGAUGAGGGCUACAUGACAAAAACCGGAUUCGCAACUUUCUGUUUUAUAUGCCAAGGAAUUGCAGCUACUGCAGUUGCCUUCUCCUCGGGAUUUGCUAUGCUGAUAUCUCUUGUCGCUUUCUACGGAUUAUCUGAAGCAGGUUUAAUUCUUAUAUUUCCUUUGAUCGUUGCUGAAUUUAUUGAAGAGGAUAAACAGACAGUGGCUAUACCUUCAAGUAACUUUCUUUCUGGACCGUUGUGUCUCGCAGUGGCACCAUUAAUUGGCUACUUCCGGGACGAUGUUGGAUCUUACAGCUACAUAUUCUUCGGCAUAGGAAUCGUUUCUGUGAUCUGCGGCUUAGCAUGGCUCUUGGCUCCUUGUAUAGCUAAAUGUAGAAAAUCUACACGCGAUUAAGUAACCUGAAAUAGAAGAGGAACCUUUGAACUAUCACACGAAUUGUAAGACCAGUUUCCCAGAGAAAAGGAUACGAAUAAAGUCAACAGGAUAUAAUCUCUGUAGAUUUUCAGCUUCAUUCAGUGUGAGGAGGAUAAGUUAAUAAUCAUUAAUGAAAUGAGCGUUUAAAGUAUUUUGCCUGAAAAUAAGAGAAAUAUGGAAUGAAAUAUGGAUAUUAAAUAAGAUAGUAUGGAAGACCAGCUCUAGCCCUAGCUCAAAACAAGACAUCAAGAUAAAUUAAACGCCUGACUAAUAUCCAGAUCAUUCAGUUUAUUUAAAGUGAUAUUUCCUUUAUUAAAGGUAUGGAAUAAAAUAAAGAAGUUAAACUCUGAAGCAUAUCGAUGCCAGUGUAAUUGCAAAGAAAGUCGUAUAAUGUAUGUGGAUGCACUGAUGGAAGUUUUUAUCACUCCUUUAUGUCGUAUGAGAUGAUAUGAGAUCUGAACAAUUGACGAUAUCAUUAUAAAUAACAGUGACUGUGCCAUUUUUCCCCUUGACAUAAUGAUUACACAAUCCUUGUUUUAGGGUCAUAACCUUAUGUCACGUAACAUAACAUCAUACCCUUAUGAUAUUGAUAUAAUGUCGAAUCAUUAUGUGGCAUGGCAUAAUGAUUUAUUUCUUACGUACUGAGUAUUCUGUGGCUCGUGAUUGCACAAGAAAUUUUUAAUAAUUCCGUUUUUAGAAAAUUGUAUAUAGAAAUAUAAAUCCUAACCGUAUUUAAGGAAGCUGUAGAGGAAUCUUCGCAAGGCUAGUGUUUGCUACUAUAAGUUACCGUAGACGAUCACUUCUGAAGUUUAAUAGAACGUAACAGAACUUAAAUAAAUAUCAGUAUUAAACAUCAUUUCCCUAAGAGAACAUGUCCACAAACUGUCAAAUCGUCUGAAAUUGCGGGUAGUGGCAUUAAAAAAGUUUUAUUGUAUUUUGUUAUGUAUUAAAGCUAUCAGCUGCAUAAAAUACAUCACAUAAAAGCUUGUACGUAUUAAAACUAUCUAUAACACAUCUAUAUACGUAUAACCUAGCUACAACACACCACAUUAAACUUAAUAUUACCGAAAUAGUAACGCUAAAUCCUACUAAAAUUCAACGUAAUUCAUUCCAUUUAGUAUGAUCUCGCUGAUAAUAUUUUACAUUAAAUAAUGUUUAUGAAUUACUUAAAGGAACUUUUUAUGGUAAUUUCGAAUUUCCCACUAACAAUAAAGGUAAUUGAUAUACAUGAUCUACGAAAAUUAACUAAUUUAAUGAACUGUCUUUCAUAUGUUACGUAAUUUAAGCUAAAAUUUCAACCAAAUGUGGGUGAAAUUUAAUUAGACCAAUGAAACAAAAUGUGGUAAUAAUUGAAUACAAAAUGACGGAUUUUAAUAUCGCUGAUUUAUCUAAUUAUUGGUUGAAAUGUGUAUCAGUGAUUGUUGUUUAAAAUUUGUGUUUGGUAAUAUGCCUGAAUGUUUCCAGUAAAAAAAAAAAAGGAUGUAAAUAAUGAUAAUGAACUGUGUAAAACAACAAAUAAAUUAUUUAUUUUCAAAAAUA